AACAACCCGAACAAUUCACCAUUUCCUCACAGCCACAGAGAAAAGUAAUUCUAUCAUCUUCUUCGCAGAUUGAAAUUAGCAACUAUGGUUUCUUUCCAGGCGCCUAUAUUUUCAGAUAGUAGAUCAAAACCCAACACUGAGUUUGAUCAUUUAUCAAAGCGAAAGAGGGAAGACGUCUUAGAAGGCGAAGAAACUUUCAACAAGCGAGCAAAACAAACCAUGAAAUCAAUCUUUGAUACGGAUCUGCACCUGGAGACUCCAUUGCCUUUGGAGUGGGAACGAUGCUUGGAUAUUCAGUCAAGCCCGAUACACUUUUAUAAUACAACAACACAUAAGAGGGCACAUGGGGAUCCGAGGAGAAGCCAGGAGAUGCCAGGUUCCGGUGGCAAUAACAUGAGCUUAGACCUUGUAUUAAACCUGCCUUGCAAUUCGAACAACAAACUGAUAAGGCAUAAUUCUGGCAGCCCAUCUGGAGAGCCUUUGGGUGAUCAUCUUUCCAUUGACAUGAUCACCAGAGAGAAGGAGAAAUCAUCAGGAGAUCAUUUAAGAAGUUUUCCGUCAUGGUUGGCGUUCGAAAGAGACGAUGAACAGGAAAUGGUAGCAACAGCGUGCAUGCGGUGCCACAUGUUGGUGAUGCUGUGCAAGUCGUCUCCUACAUGCCCUAAUUGCAAAUUCAUGCACCCGUCAGACCAAAGCACUCCAAAACUAUUCAAGCAGAAACUUAGCCUCUUGUGCUAGUUAUUGAAUAGUUGUAUGUUUGAUUUGCAUUAAAUGAAAGUUCAGUACUGCCUUUUUCAAAAUUUAAUAUUUUGCUUAAUUGAACAAUCUACUUCUCGUCA